CGACUUUGGAAACGUUUGCAUUUUGAUAGCUGAGGUCAAGUGCCUGAUAUAUGUUUAGAGCUUGUAUUGGUCGCUUAAACCACGUAGUGAGACCGCUGCUUCCCCGUCUGUCCGCAGUUGCUUCCAGUCGCAUCUGCCGUCCGGUCCCGCAGAGAAACAUGGCUGACUCUAAGGAGGUCAAAGGGCUAACAGAUGGGGAAGCUCGGGCAGCCUGUGGCGAGCCAGACGUAUCCACCAAGGACUUCAUCUUCCAGCAGACAAUGUUCAGGAUAAAGGACCCAAAAAAAUCCCUGGAUUUCUACACAAGGGUACUGGGAAUGAGGUUGCUGAAGAAGCUAGAUUUCCCCAGCAUGCAGUUCUCCUUAUUCUUCCUGGGGUUUGAGAAGGCAGAGGAUAUCCCAUCAGACCCUGCUCAAUGCACAGCUUGGACCUUCUCUAGGAAGGCUACAUUGGAACUGACACACAACUGGGGAACUGAGAAUGAUCCUGAACAGAGCUACCACAAUGGAAACAAAGCUCCUCAAGGCUUUGGUCAUAUUGGCCUAGCAGUGCCUGAUGUGUACAAAGCCUGUGAAAGGUUUGAGGCGCUGGGGGUGCCUUUUGUGAAGAAGCCUGAUGCUGGUAAGAUGAAAGGACUGGCCUUCAUUCAAGACCCUGAUGGCUACUGGAUUGAGAUCCUGAGCCCAUCACCUAUGGUCGCCAUUGGCAAGUAACAUGCUGCUUCUCGCAUGUUGGAUUGUGAAGAAUGGAAGUGCACCAAGAGGUUUUGUUCAACACAUCAAUAGCUCAUGCUUUUCAUUGUGCUGUGAUAACAGGUGUACUGCAGUACUAACAUAAAUGAAAAAUUACUGCAUUAAAUAAAAAUGUUGUCUGAUUAACACUGUCCAAAUGUUUAUGUUCCACUGUACAGAAAAUACUGGAAAGUUGCUCACUUAAACUUCAUUGUCACUAAGUAUAUGCACCUUCAUGUAUGAGUAGCAAGAUUUGAAUAGUGAAGAGGGUACAUGUAUUCUCUACAUGUAUGGAUGAAUAUAUUGAUGAAAGACAAUGAAAACAUGUCCAUAUCAAAAAGACGAAAAGGCUUUAAAGCACAAGAAAUGGAUUUUGAAAGUAAUCUGAUGAUAGUCUGCAUGACAGCUCUCUUGAGUCUGUUUAUUUUUGCUUGCACAACUAGCAGUUUGCUUACCUCUUACAGCAACAUUUAAGACCUGUAAGUUUUGUUGUACAGCACUAGUCUGUCAGUGUUAGGCCAUGUGGAUUCUAUUACAUGGACAGCAUCCGUGCUCGCAUCAAUUUUCAUCCGUUUCCAGAAAUAAAAUGUUUUCCACCAUGA